UCGACUAUUUACUUUUCUCUUUCUUCUCAUCCAACCCUCUCCCCCCAAAGUUCUUGUAAUCUUCUUCAACUUUCAUCACAUUAGGCAGUAUUUUGAAGAGCUUGCCAUUUUCCUUUAGUCAUGGCUGAUUUAAAGUCGUUGGAACAUCCAACGCUCAAGGUCCCAUACGAAGUCUUGAAUAAAAAAUUCCGUGCAGGGCAGAAAACUGUUGACAGGGAAGUGUCACAUGUACAAAAUUCAAUCACUGAGUUGGAAAAAAGCUUGUUUCGAACACCUGUCCAAGUAGACCAAAUAUGCAGUCUGCUUGGAGCUACUGUUGACAAACUACAGACAAUGAAACGAAAGGUUGAAGAAGCCAUCAGUGAUGAGCUGGAUGCUGCUCAGAACUGCAAAAGAAGGGUGGAACACCUCAAAUUGGGAGCUGUUGGUAUUAUUCCAACUACUGAUUCUUCCAUCACAUACUCACUCUGGAAAAAAACUCGAGUAGAAAGGUACCUUGUUGAACAUCUACUGAGAGCUGGUCAUUACAACACUGCUCAGAAAAUGGUUGAGCAGAAUCCAGAAUUGGCAGAGCUUACUAACUUGGACAUUUUCUUGGUUGCACGAAAUGUUGAAUUGACCCUGGCCCAGCAACAGACUCAAGCUGCUUUGGCCUGGAUUCACGAUCACAAAAGCAAACUGAGGAAAAUUAAAUCUACCCUGGAAUUUCAUCUCCGACAACAAGAAUUUGUCGAACUCAUCAGGUCUGAUCGCCGAAUGGACGCUGUACGGCACGCCCGGAAGUACUUGACCAACAUGGACGAUGUGCCCUGGGAGGAACUUCAACACGCUCUCGCCCUCCUUGCGUUCCCUUCUGACACUCAGGUAUCACCAUACAAGGAGUUGCUCGAUACGUCAAGGUGGAAUGCUUUGACUGAAGAAUUCCGUCAAGACUAUUUCCGCCUCUACCAGUUGGCUCCAUUGUCUGUGUUGGCUGUUGCGUUGCAAGCUGGACUCUCCGCAAUGAAAACUCCGCAAUGUUAUCGCCCAAUGGAUCAGAGGAAUGCUGAAUGUCCCGUGUGCCAAGAACCAUUGAACAAGUUGGCUGAACGAUUACCUCACGCUCAUUGCUCACAAUCAAGAUUGAUCUGCCGCCUUUCGGGCUUACCUCUCAACGAACAUAACUUACCUAUGAUGCUACCCAACGGCCGUGUGUACGGAGAGCAGGCCUUGCGGACUAUGGCAUCGAGCAACAAUGGAAUGGUCACAUGUCCUCGCACCAAGGAAGUCUUCGCUGUCAAAGAUGCAGAGAAAGUCUAUGUUAUGUAGCUUGUUUUUGGCCCUACCUUCCAAUACAAAAUUCUUGAGCAUUA